UUUGAGAGUGAGGAGUAUUUACACUCUGAAAAUAUAAAGUUGAACUUAAAUACAGGUUGCUCUAGGAUGGAUGCUGGUAAUAUGAGUGAUCUCCAUGAGGAGGGGAAGAAUGCCAUCAAUGCUCCCAUGCUUCCUUCAGCACCAGACAUCCAUCCAGAGGACACACUGAUGGAGGAAAAUGCAGAGAGGUACAUGAUCAACCCAACAUCGCGGGAGUGUCCCAAAUUUAAAGACCUGCAGAAGGUCCUGGUCGACUGGAUCAACAGCGAGUUGGAGGAGGACCGGAUCAUAGUCAAAGACCUGGAGGAGGAUUGCUAUGAUGGACAAGUGCUUCAAAAGUUAUUUGAAAAGCUGUCAGGCAGGAAGCUGAACGUUGCCGAGGUGACCCAGUCGGAAAUCGGACAGAAGCAGAAGCUGCAGACGGUUUUGGAGGCCGUAAACGAUCUUCUGCGACCUCACGGCUGGACUCUUGAGUGGAGCGUGGACACUAUCCAUUCAAAGAACCUGGUGGCUAUUGUAUAUCUGCUGGUGGCACUCGCCAUGCAUUUCCAGGCCCCCAUCAGACUGCCUGAGCAUGUCUCUGUACAGCUGGUGGUGAUCAAGAAACGAGAAGGCAUCCUGCAGACUGCUGUAGUGACCAAGGAGCUAACGAGCACCACAGAAAUGAUGUUGGGAAGAUUUGAAAGAGAUGCAUUCGACACUUUGCUGGAUCACGCACCUGACAAGCUCAACGUGGUAAAAACGUCACUCAUCACCUUUGUGAACAAACACCUGAACAAGCUGAACCUGGAGGUUACUGAGCUGGAAUCUCAGUUUGCCGAUGGAGUGUACCUCAUAUUGUUGAUGGGGCUGUUGGAGGACUACUUUGUCCCUCUGUACAACUUCUUUCUCACCCCUGAGAACUUUGAACAGAAGGUCCACAAUGUGGCGUUUGCCUUUGAGCUGAUGCAGGAUGGAGGACUGAAGAAACCCAAAGCCAGACCAGAAGAUGUUGUCAACCUGAACCUCAAGUCCACUCUCAGAGUCCUCUACAACCUCUUCACCAACUACAAAAACUCUGAGUGACUUCUCCCUUUUUCACUCCUGAUAUUUCUCUGAUAAAUGCCCUGUGCCUGUGCUGAUAUCAUGCAUUACAGUCUGGACACUGGAGGAGACUGACUGGGACUAAAAGUCAUCAUAAUGUGGGACUGAAAGAGACCCAGGGGAAGUAGCCUGAAAAAGGCUCUGAAUGUUUGUAUUUAAUCUUCCCCAAAUGUCAGUAUUUAUUUAUUCCUUCCUCGAAUGUUAUCUGCAACCUAGGAAACCCUGAACUCUUUAGCCUGCAUUUGAAUACAGUCAACACUGGAAAAAAUUUACAAGGGCAGAAUGUUAAAAUGGAAAGCAUGGAAGA